CAAUUGAUCCGGUCUGUCCGCCACGAUGUCGUUCCGGCCAAUGCUUCAGCGAGGUGCGGUUGGUCCGCUCGCAGCCGCUCUCGUGGCUGGCAGUGUCGCUCUGUACCCUCGGCAGACGGCCUUUGCAGAGGCGCCUCGUGACUCGAGAAAACCUAUCUACGAUGACUUUCCGACCGAGACCGUGGAGCUGGUGAAGCCUGCUCCUCCUGCCCCGUCUGCAGCUGCCGUUGCCGCUGCCGCUGCUCCGGCGUCGACGUCUACCUCGCCGACGCCGACGGAUAUCCUGACGGCCCAGGUGCGCCAGGCCCGGCUGUUCCUGUACUCGCACUCGCUGGCGGUCGAGAACCGCUUCAACGAGCUGCUGUCGCGUGCCUUCCACAUCGAGAACGCCUUCACCAACACCGUCGCGUCGCUGGCCCCUUCGCCCGAGUCCGGCGAACGCCUGGUCCCGGGGUCUGUCUACGUUGCUGUGGCCGCCAUGGCGGGUUCCAUCGUCUCGCGGCACCGGGGGAUCGUUUUGCGGACUGCCUCACCCCUCGCCCUCGGCACCAUCGCCGCCUGGACCAUCCUCCCCGUCACGAUGCGCAACGUCUCGGACCUGAUCUGGGAGUACGAGAAGAAGGUCCCCGCCGUGGCGGAGCAGCACUUGCUCAUCCGCAACAAGGCCGAGUACAUCUACUACACCGGUAUGGCGCACAGCGGCAUGGCCCGUUCCAUGAUGGAGGACAAGAUCAGCAUGGCCCGCCAGAAGCUUGAGGAUUUGGUGAGAAAGGGCCUCUGAUUUCCCCCCCCCCUAUAUCGGAUCCUCUCUUUCUCUCUGUCUCUUUACCUCUUUUCUUUGUUCUGAGCGUUGCCAGUAACCGUUCGGUCGGAUGGUGUAUUUUCCACAUAUGUAUUGUCUAGACUAGAAGAAGGCAUUUACCAUGUUCUCGCUAUACGUUUGUGCCUCGAGCUGGGCACCUAUUUGAGCACAUCAACGUAAUUGGUAUCUUUACUGUACAGAAUCAAAUAUAACUAGUGGUC